AGCUUAAACAAAACCAAGUGAAUUAUAAUGGCAAGCAACAGGCGCAAUUCUGUGAGAAGAAAGGGCAAAGGAAAAGAGGACUGUGGCCAAGCACCUAAAAAAGAUGGACUUAAGAAUAUGAAACUAAUUGUGAUGCCUGAAGACACUAUGAAUGGACAUAUAAGUCUAUCAACUGUGGUGAAUAGGCUAAAGCUGAAAAGGGGCGAUAUCUCAGAUGCUGUUAGGAAAGUGAACAGCACGGUAGAUACAAUUCUAAAAUCUGAUGCCAUUGCCACACACCCUCUAUUCCAUAGAAUGGAAGACAUUGGAUCUGGGAGUUAUUAUGAGCAUCUUAAGAUUAUUAAACCAAAUGAGUUUGACAUUAUGCUGACAUUAUCAGUGGGAAGACUACAGUUGAAAAGUUAUGGAGAAUCUGGCGCUUUCUAUACAUUAUCAUUUAAAAGACUACCAGCAGCAAGACAUCCUUUAAAAAAAUAUCUAGAUGAUGAAGGAAAUAUUUCAGCCCAAAAAAUUAUGUGUGAUUUAAGAUGUAUUAUCAAAGAUAUAAUAAAGAAAUUAGAUAUUCCAGUUACCAUUGCAAGAAAAAAGCGUUACAGUCCUGCCAUUACCCUGAUAUUUCCCAAUGAACCUGACAGUAUAUCUGUGGAUUUGGUUCUCGCACUCAAACCUCAAGGAUCGUGGCCUGCAUCAACAAAGGGAGGCCUGGACAUUAAAAACUGGUUAGGAACGAAAGUUAGACGGGAAUUACGAUGGAAGCCAUUUUACCUUGUAGCUAAACAACCGAUUGGAGAAAAGAACGCCAAGGUGGAGACUUGGCGUCUUUCCUUUUCAACUAUUGAAAAGGAAAUAAUAAAAAAUCAUGGACAGAGAAAGACUUGUUGUGAGAAUAAAGAAGAUACAUGUUGCAGAAAAUCUUGUCUUAAGCUUUUAAAAUGCCUUUUGGAAUUGCUAAAAGAAAAUCACAAGCGAUUGCACCAGUUCUGCUCCUACCAUGCUAAGACUGCAUUCCUGCAUUGCUGUACAAAAUAUCCGCGAGAUACUCAAUGGAAUGUCAAAGACCUGGAAAUCUGCUUUGAUCGUUUAGUUGAUUAUUUCCUAAACUGUCUUGAAAGUGCUUAUCUUCCUAACUUCUUUAUACCCUCUUACAAUCAUUUUGGCUCAGAAUUUAUCGGAGGAAGCCUAGCAUUUCUGAAUAGCAAACUAGUAAGUGAAAAAACACAGGGCUACCCAGUCUUUAACAGCCUCUUCAAAUUAUAAUGAAAUUACUAUUUAUCCUUAGUAGGAACAAUGUAAUUUCCAGUGUAUAUUGAAGCCCAUUAUCCAUAGACUCCAGUGCAUUUUAGUAUAUGCAAAACAGUGCAGGCAUUCUUCAACCCCUUAACGCCCCAUAGACAUACAGGUACAUCCAUAAAAGUUGUGUCAAGAUGCCCCUUAGGACAUACUCAUAUACCGUGCCUUUUUUUUUUUUUUUUUUUUUUGCAGUGGCAGGGACACAAUCAGGCUUUCCCUUUGGCAGUUGUCAAUGUGGACAAAUCAUUUGUAAAGUGUAUAUGCAUAGAAAAGUGAGAUCAAGCACUGCCUAGACUUUGGAGGAAUGACAGGACUUUGUUUCAAACCGUUUCUAGGCAACUGUAGAAUUUCAAUAAAGUUUUUUUUUUUUUUUGACAAGGGGAAUUAA